ACAUGAUGCGCAUUCGUGUUCUGCGCAGUUUAAUUACACGUGCGAUAAUUCAUCGAACACGGGGGCACGCAUCAAAUGUAAAAAUGGCGGAUAAAGACAUUGGGUUGAAAGUAGGCCAAAAGUUCUCGUCUUUUGAGGAGGUUAAGGUUGCAAUCGCUCGCUAUGAAGAAACGAAUUACGUUAACUUGUAUGUCAACGAUUCAAGGUCAAUUGUUUCAGCGCUAAAACGAACCCCAGAGAAGGUUUUUAAACCCGAGUUGAAAUACUUCUAUCUGAACUACACUUGUGUUGCUGGUGGUAGUAGAACAUUUAAGUCCAAAUCGAAAGGAGCAAGGCCGAACCAAAGCACAUUUAGAAAGGGCUGCCCCAUGCAAGUGAAGCUUCGAGUUAGCAAAGAUGGCAAUUUUUUGGAGGUGGUUGUUUUGAAUGAAACUCACAAUCAUGAGUGUGAUGAGGUAUCAUUUAAACACUUUCCAAAGCAAAGGAGGCUAAAUGAGGAAACAGUUAAUGAGACAAAUAAAUUGUUAAAAAUGAAAUUGGAAAGGUGGUAA